CCCAACGGAAGAGUUGGCGAAAGAGCCCACAGCGGAAGCAGGAGCUGUGUGUGCCUCAGCCCUUCCGUGCCGAUUCACCAGUCUAUUGUAACGCCUGCUUGAGGAGGCUAGACUGGGAGCACAAAGAGGCCCUGGACUACAUCAACGCCUUUCUAACGAGCAAUGAACAGGACGAGGCCAAGAACCUCAAGUUCUUGGAUUCCAUCAGCAGCCUCAGAAGCCUGCCUGCUUUUAUGGACCAAGUCCUGCUAGUAGAGAAGAUAACGGAGCUGAUUGAUCACGAGUCCGUCGACUCCCUGACCGGCGUGAUGCGUCAGCAAGCAAUGCUCGCCAUCAUGAAGCUGAGCAAAGUGAAGCUAUCGGUGUGGCUCCUGACACGACCCAGGCUGCUCACCACCUGCUUCUCCAGCAUCUUCUCCCUGCCUCCAGCACACACCAUGGAGGAGGUGGAGGCUGCUCUCUACACCAAAACGCUGAAAACCAUGGAUGAGAUGCUGAAGGCCUUGGUGUGUGAGGAUAAGGAGCCCAACCUUGUGGUGCUGCAAAACAUCGUGAAGGUCCUGCUCCCCUGGACCACAUCCAAGGAGGUACAUGAGCGGUUGAGGGCAGUGGGAAGGAUCAGGUGGCUGAUGGAAUUCAUGGGGUCUCAGUGCAAAUUCCAGGAAGUGGAGGAGUUCAGCGUCCUGGGCCAGCUGGUGGGGUGUCUCACUCUGUGCCGUGCGGAGCAGGAGCAGGAGAUCUGCCAAUCGGCUGUGGAGGGACUUAGCCACCUCUACUCCUUCAUGCUGCAUCUAAAAUGUAAGAGCACUGGAGACCCUUGUCCUUCCUAA